AUGAACCAAUUAGAUCAAACAACUUACACCACUCCGCACACACACACACAUACACACACACCAAUACUGGGUGCAACAAUACAACAACAGAGGAGAAGACUGCGAGAACAACAAAAAAGAAUUCUUUACGAGCCUCGCUCCGGUGCACGGUCAUCAAGUCAGCUCGUUCAACAUUCAAGAGGCAUCGAUGAUAAUAUUCAUUCAUUUGAUCAAACCGCCGACGAUGUCGAGGACGGAGAUGCAGACGACGAUGGAGACGACUUUCAUUAUGGGCCUGGGUCUCCAGACCUCGUCCCCAGUAGUCCCCCAUCCGAGCUCCAUCGCCAUCCACCUCCGUCUACUGGGAGGCCGCCCAAACGCAGUCGAAAACCAAGUCAGGAACCAAGUCGGUGGUUCCAGGGAAGUACAAAAACAUAUUGCCAAAGUAGCAGCAACAGGCAAAGCAACUACGGCAACAUCAUCGACCAACAACAGCAACACGAGAAAUCUCAACAGCAGCAUUAUGCAUCAUUACACUGGGAGAAACAAGGGCAAGGGGCACACGAAAGGUUUGGGCAAGCUCCAGACGACGGCGAGGCGAAGAUGCUGACCAAGACGGAAGGCGAAGAUGAGGAUGAGAUGUGGGGGCCUCAAGCGGGGAAUGCUGGAGGAGGAUGGUGA